AUGGAAUUAUUUUUACAAAAUCAUUGUAAAGUAAUUAUAAAAACAUGCACAUGUAGAAUGUUUUCUCAUAUACUGACUCUGAAACUCCACACAUGUGGAAUGUUUUCUGUUACAUUAUACUUUGAAAGACACACGUGUGGAAUGUUUUCUGGUGCAUUGUACUUUGGAAGACACACAUGUGGAAUGUUUUCCGUUACAUUAUACUUUGAAAGACACACGUGUGGAAUGUUUUCUGGUGCAUUGUACUUUGGAAGACACACAUGUGGAAUGUUUUCUGUUACAUUAUACUUUGAAAGACACACGUGUGGAAUGUUUUCUGGUGCAUUGUA